UGCAGGAGGAAUCUUCGACGCGAGUGCGCGCACGGGCACGCGCACGAGGACACGCGCUCACAGCUGUCUGAGAGAAAAAGAGAAAGCGAGAGAGGCAGGGAGCAUUUGCGGCGGCCUCGCGCUUAUAAUGGCUGCCGGGAAAAGCAGAGCAGAGGAAAAUCGGCUACAUUGGGAAUAACGUCGUGCACAGGUGAUGAAGAAGAGGAUGGUGAGCAGUCAAGCCAAGUACGAGCUGAUCCAGGAGGUGGGCCGGGGCAGUUACGGUGUGGUUUACGAGGCAGCUGUACGGCAGACCGGUGCUCGCGUGGCUGUGAAGAAGAUCCGCUGUCACUCCCCGGAGAACGUGGAGCUGGCCUUGAGGGAGUUCUGGGCCCUGAGCAGCAUCCAGAGCCAGCAUCCCAACGUCAUCCACCUGGAGGAAUGCAUUCUCCAGAGAGACGGUCUCGCCCAGCGCAUGAGCCACGGCUCCAGCUCCUCGCUCUAUCUGGAAUUGGUGGAGACCUCCCUGAAAGGUGAGAUCACAUUUGACCCCCGCUGCGCCUACUACCUGUGGUUCGUCAUGGACUUCUGUGAUGGUGGAGACAUGAAUGCCUAUCUCCUGUCCCGCAAACCCAGCCGCAAGACCAACACCAGCUUCAUGCUGCAACUGGGCAGCGCUCUUGCCUUCCUGCAUCGCAACCAGAUCAUCCACCGAGACCUCAAACCUGACAACAUUCUCAUCUCGCAGGGCAGGACCCCGGCCGGGUCCCCUGAACCCACCCUGAAGGUGGCUGACUUUGGCCUCAGCAAAGUCUGCUCCUGUUCAGGUUUGAACCCCGAAGAACCAGCAAGUGUCAACAAGUGUUUCUUGUCCACAGCUUGUGGGACGGACUUCUACAUGGCCCCCGAGGUCUGGGAGGGCCACUACACCGCAAAGGCUGAUAUUUUUGCUUUGGGGGUCAUCAUUUGGGCCAUGGUGGAACGGAUUACGUUUGUGGAUGUAGAGACUCAGAAGGAGCUCUUAGGGAGCUACGUACAGCAGGGGGAGGAUAUAGUCCCGUUGGGGGAGGCUCUGCUGGAGAACCCCAAGAUGGAGCUCCACAUCCCGGCUCGAAAGAAGAGCAUGAACGCUGGCAUGAAGCAGCUGAUUCGGGAGAUGCUGUCCGCCAAUCCACAGGAGCGACCCGACGCCGUUGAGCUGGAGCUCAGGCUGGUGCGGAUCGCAUGCAGGGAACUCGAUUGGGAUACGUGAAAGGACAGCAUCUUGGAGAUGGGGUAAACUUCUAGGACAAUGGGCUUGGAACUUGAAGUGAGAACAUAUUGUUUGGCCUUGUCCCAAAUGGUACACAGGGGUCUUCAUUUGGGAGUGUCUGUGAAAUCCAUAAGACCGUAGGAGAGGGACCUCGAACCCUGCUCCUGGAGAGAUACCAUCCUGCAGACUUCAGCUCCAACCCUGCUCCCACACACUUACCUGUUUUAAGUAACCCUGAGCACUUUGAGUAGCUGGUUCUGGUGUGUUUGCUUGGGGUCGGAGCUCUGCAGGACGGUAGCUCUGGGGUUGGAGACACCUGCCAUAGGGUUUCCCAUUUGGGAAUUCAAUUUAGGCUCCGUUUGCUGAGCCCACAAUAACCUGUGCUGCAAAGUAUAGACUUUGUCGGGGAAUACUGCAUAGGCUGAUGGUGCCGUUUGGGACAGGGCCGUUGGAGUGGGUUUUUAGUGGGCGAUUGCACUGGUCCUUGUUUUUUUUUCUUGAUAUUCUUACAGUUUAGUACAACCGAUUCAUUGAUGAUAAACAGCCUUUAAUAUGUUAAUUGCUUAUUACGGUCUCACCUGUUCACAAGCACAUUGGGACUUUCAUCAUUAUGAGUCCAGAUGGGCUUCAGCGGGGUUUCAUUGAUGGAAAAAACAUCAGAUAUCCAACUUCCAUUGACCAUAAACCACAUCAACCCAGAUAAACACACAUGUCCACAGAAUUCCCAGAACAUUCCAGCACUAAGACAUCAGAUAGCAUGUAGAUUAGGGCUGGGCUAAAAAUAUGUUUGUAAAAUAUUUUGGCUUCAUGAAAUAUUCUAUAUUUUCACUUGUAUGGUGUCUGAUUUACUUUCUUUGCUCAUUAAUUGGAAGAAGGCAUGCAAAAGUGAUCUACUGACAUGAUUUCAAUGGCUAGAAAAACGCCGUUAGAAUCAGAGUCGAUAUUCAUCAUGUUUUAUGUCACAACAUGUUUUCGCCGCAAAACAUAACAACAUAAUGAAUAUAUUGUAUAUAUUCAAGUUAACGCCCAGCCCUGAUGUAGUUUUAAUACAGCACAGCAAAAACACUCCUGGCUUCCAUCUUUCUUGGGAACUCUUUAGUUCUCUAUGAGAGCUACUCUCACCACACUCCCGGUGCUAAUUCAACUUGUAGUACAAAGUUUAAAACAUGCAGAAAAUAAUGGCUUUUUUUUUUUACAACAGGAUUAAUAUCGUUUUUUUCUGUGCUUCACACACAAAAGGGCUUCAGGGAGUUGCAUUUAUAUCACUCAAUUAAAAAAAUUCUACAAAUACCAUCAAGGCAAUAAUUUAUAUUUUGACAAGAUAUUCUGUAAGUUGUUCUGUAAUACUUGUCAUCCUGCUGAAUAGGUGAAAUUUGAAUAAUCAUAAAUAGUACGUAUUUUAAUAAAAAAACAUUAAGUUUCAAGGCACUUAAGACAGUAUCUGAUAAACUGACACAAACAUACAUAUUCUGUCUUUACCUCUUGCUGGACACUGAUUUUGGUGCUUAAGGUAUCUGUGUGUAUAUGUGAACUAUGUGUGUCCAUUUCAGAGCACCAGGUGUAAAGUGAUUCGACAUAAAUGAAAGCCUUGAUUUGAGGAGCUAAGUUUUCUUCUCUCUGGAUUGUGGCUUAAUUAAAUCCUAUAAGAUUCAAAAAGAGGCAAGCUGGCACUUUCAACAAAGAGAGUGUAAAAUGGGAAUGAACAAUUACAUUCCUUUCUUUUAUGUGCAUUUUAAUGAGGCUUUUUUUUUUUUUGGUCUGAGUUUUGUCUAAUUUGCAAUUUUUGCAAUCCCAUUGCCAAAAUUCUGGACAUGCCAGACACUUUAAACCUGCGAUUUGUGUAAAAAUUUAGAAAAUGGCAUGCAGUUUAUCUACUUAACUUUUGAAAGAAAAUAUUUUGAAGAAUAUGGAUGUUCAAAUAAUUCCUGGUCCCCAUUGACUUGUAUAAUAUUUUUUUUUGCCAUAUUAUGGAAGUCAGUGGGGACCAACAACUGUCUGGUAACCAAGGUUUGGAACAACAUGCAGGGGGAGUAAAUGUUGGAAUUUUUAUUUUUGGGUGAACUGUCCAUUUAAGAGAAUGUUGGUCAUUUUAAUCCUAUGUUAAUUGUUUUAAACAGAGUAACAUCAUUUGUACCUUGUUUGUUGAAAGUACCAUCUGCUCUUUCAGACAGCACAAUGAGUCCAUCUUCUUUAGCUGACUGAUCUAA